GUAUACAGUCACCAAGCCAUGGCUGACCGAUGCAUCCGAAUUCUCAACCCGAAAGGUGUUUAUCAAGUCGGCUCCCCAGCUCAGAUUUCAUUCAUUCUUCAGUCCUCUCUCAUCAACAUCUCUGCUAUCUCUCUAUUCUUAAUCAAUAUCUCUUUCGCUCUAUUCAUAGCCUCCUUAGUUGUCGUUUAGAUCAUAAUGGCCCAUCUCACCCCAGAGCAUAUCUUGCACCUUUACGAUACCUUCGGAGAGCUCAGGGUGCUCGACGAUAUUAUCCGCCAUCGUUCCAGAGAUAAUCCUCCUGCUCCUAUUCUGGGAUAUCCAAGAGUUGAGGAUAAUCCAAGCGAUUAUGAGACUUUCACUGGUCAACAGCUUGACUCAUUCGUCGAUGCUGCAUGCAAAUACUUCAUUAAGAAUGGGUUGAAGCCUGGCGGGAAAAAAGUUAUUGGUCUAUACUCUCCAUCUAAUGUAGACUUCGCGGUCACCUUCUUCGCUCUCAGUCGUUUGGGCUACACUGUUCUCUGCCUCUCCCUUCGCAUAGCACCCAUAGCUAUCAUCAACCUGCUCAAGCAAACAGAGUGCGAGGUCAUAAUCCGUGGUGAUACACCACAAAUUGCUGCUACUUGUGAUGCCGUUGCACAAGAGGCCACUUUAAGAUCUGUCGUCAUUCCUCAGCGGGCUCAAUAUGGAGUACCACGCCCAGCGAGUGAGAAGCCUUUCAUAAGAGAAUUCGAUCGCGAGGUUGAGACCAAUGAGGUCGCCAUUGUCAUGCACAGUUCUGGAUCUACUGGGCUACCUAAACCGGUAUUCCUUACCCACAAGAAUGUGUUGACCCAUCCAGUACAAGGUGCUGGAAUGCACAACUUCGGUGCCCUUCCACUGUACCACAUGUAUGGUCUCUCGACUACACUCCAAGCUAUGUACAUGGCAAAGAAGGCAAACUUGCCUAGUGCUACUCUACCAAUGACUGCAGACAACCUCAUGCUCGCAAUUGAAGCAACUCAACCUGAGGUGUUUCACGCUGUACCAUAUGCUUUGGGACUCUUAACUGAGCACCCAAGAGGUAUGGCAUAUUUGAAGCAAGCUAAGAUUGUCACUGCAGCCGGUGCUCGUACUCCUGAUGAGCUUGGUGAUCUCUUGGCCUCGGAGAAGGUUAAUAUUGGUGUCGUAUUUGGAACUACUGAAGCAGGUCUUCUUGGUGAUACUAUGCGCCGUGCCGACGGCGAUGACUCAUGGAAUUACGUUCGAAUCUACCAAAACAUCAGAAGUUCUAUCUACAUGGACCCUCUCGGCGACAAUCAAUUCGAGUGUGUGUACCUUAAGAGCCAUCCAGGAUUGUCCGUCUCAAACUCGGAUGAUCCCGCGCCUGGUUCGUGGCGUUCGAAGGACGUUUUUGAGCCGCAUCCAACCAUUCCUGACACUUGGAAAUAUGUGACUCGUCUUGAUGAUCGUGUCACCUUGAGCAAUGGAGAGAAAGUUCUUCCACUUCCAAUAGAAGGUCGUCUCCGUCAAGAAGAGAUCAUUCGUGAAGCUGCCGUUUUUGGUGUAGACAGAGCUAUUCCAGGUGUCUUGAUCUUCAGAGCUUCCGAUGAGCUCCCAGAUGAAGAAUAUCUUGAGGCUAUCUGGCCAGCUAUUGUUGACGCCAACUCUCGUGCUGAGGGCUUCUCUCAAAUUACCAAGGAGAUGGUCGGUCUUGUAGCUUCAGAUAUUGAAUACCCCAGAACUGAUAAGGGAAGCAUCAUACGCGCACAAAUCUACAGGAAGUUUGCGGAUAAAAUCGAUGAAUUGUAUGAAAGUCUUGAUGGAGAUGCGGAAGGAACUUUACAACUCGAUCUCGCCGGUACUGAAGUUUUCUUAACCGAGACAUACGAGGAUAUUACAGGCCAUCCUCUGGAAUCCAUCGAUACCGAUUUCUUCAAUGCCGAUAUUGACAGUUUGAGGGCCAUUCAAAUGAGACGCAUAAUCCAGAAGACUCUUGAUCUUAAGGGCCAACAACUUAGCAGUAACGUCGUUUACGAACAUGGAACUGUCAGAGCUCUAGCACAAUACUUGUUCUCUCUUAGCUCUGGUGGAGGCGAGCAAAACAAAGAUAACGUUCCACUGAUGGAAUCAUUGAUUCAGAAAUACUCCACCUUUGGAGAAGUUGUGAUCUUGACUGGUGCUACUGGCUCUUUGGGUGCUCACGCCUUAUACCAGAUGGUGAACAGCCCCAAGUUCAGAAAAGUGUACUGUCUUGUUAGAGGAGAGAAUCCAAUGGACAGAGUCUUAAAGUCUAUCAAAGAUCGUGGAUUAUCUCUCACUCCUGCCGCAAGAUCUAAGGUUGUCGCCUUUACGUCUGAUCUUGCCCUCAGUGAUCUUGGUCUUGGAAAAGCUAUGAUUGAGCAAUUCAAGACUGAGGUCUCACUCAUCAUUCACUUAGCGUGGUCUGUCAACUUCAUCAUUGGCUUACAAAGUUUUGAACCCCACCUUGCUGGAUUGAAGAACCUUUUGGACCUCUCGCUCGCUGUCUAUCGUUCAGAGCCAGCUCGUCUUUUCUACGCUUCCUCUAUCUCCACAGCUGAGAACACACCUGCACCAGCUCUCAUCCCAGAUGCUCCAAUUGAAGACUUCAAUAACGCUUUGAAUAUGGGUUAUGCCCAAUCCAAACUUGUUGGUGAAUACAUGGUUCUUAAUGCUGCUCGUGGUGGAGCCCGAGCCUAUGCUCUUCGUAUUGGACAGAUUGUAGGAGACAGGGAUAACGGUUUCUGGAACGAAGCCGAAUUCGUGCCAUCCAUGAUCAGAUCUGCACUUUCCAUGAAAGUUCUCCCAAUUUUCCACGAGAACUGCUCUUGGAUCCCGGUUGAUACCCUUGCCACUGCCAUCUUAGAGAUUGAUGAGAAACUCAAGUCACUUCCUCGACCAUGUGCUAUUGACAGCACCAACCCUCCUAUUGUCUACAAUAUGGUCAACCCUGCCACAUUCACUUGGGAGUCUCUUCUCGGCGAACUUUCUACAGCCGGUCUUGACUUCAAAGCUAUUCCAUUCGGAGAUUGGUUACAAAAGCUCAGAGAGUCAGCUGCUAACGGCCAAGAAGAGCAAAACCCAGCCGUCAAGCUUUUGGAUCAUUUCGAACAGCGAUACCUUCAGAGUAACAACGGCCAUGGCUACAGCGGUGCCGAGGCUACUGCAAGUUCAAGUGGUGCUAGCAGUCCUCGAAGCAGUAUCUCUGGUGCUACACCACCAAGCAGCAAGGGAACUAGUAUCAGCGACUUUGAAAUUGUCGGAGUCACAUUCGACACCAAGGCAAUCUUGAGAGAUAGCAAAGUCUUGCAGAGUCCACCUGAUAUCAUUCAGGAUGGAUACGUGAAGCAAUUCUUGAGUCAAUGGUUGAAGAAGUGGGUUAAGUGAUUGAAAGCUUAUGGAUCAGGUGAUAUGAUUUGAUGAAAUCAUGGUAUAGAAUAUAUGCGAUUACGGCUUCUUUUAGAUUUGUAUGCGGGGCGCAAAAUUGUUGCAGAUGACGAAUGUUCUCUUUUGUUUUCUUUUCUCAUGGGGUCUGGCGUAAAUUUUACAUCAUUCUUGUAAUUAAUCGUUUCUAGCUCACUAUUCAUACAUGAAAUGGAAGAAAUACUUGAACUUUGGAAAGCC